AUGGAGAAAUAUGAGGCAGACAACUGCAGCGGUCCUAUGUACGAUUUUGACCUGGAUGCCAGCGGUGAAUGCCUUUUCCAGAACAACGAGAGAUACACCUGCAACGCCACGGGGAUUCUCUAUGAAAAGUUCAACGGAUCCAACUCCGACUGCAGCUCUGCCUUUGACUGGGGAGAUUUUUUCCCCUUCAACACCUGUGUUAGGGGUUACAACUACACGGAAUGCGUUGACCUACCGGCGGUCACCCUGGAGAUGUUCGCAGAUGCGGCCUGCACCACCAAGAUGGCGGAUAACAUCGUGCCCCUUGUGGAUUGUCGCACCCCUGACGACCGCGCUUCGUCAAAGACUGAGCUCGUGGAUGGAAGUUUCAUGUACUCCGCGUACAGCUCAAGUGAUUGUAUGGGCAACACUGUCGGGAACAUCACUGUGCCAUGCGGGGGCAAUUGUACCAGUGGCAUGGGCCAAUACGCCAAGAACAAUAACGCAUGUCCGUCGUCUACCGAGUCGACGACCGCAUCGACCACAACAACCACGAUGGAUGCGAAUGUGUCGACGACCUCGGCGACCUCGGCCACGAGCAUUCUCGGCGUGUUCUGUGCCACCGCUGGCAUCCUAAUUCGCUUGCUUUGA